AGCUCGUAACAUUUCUAAUCAAGACAACAAAAAAAAAAUCAUUCAGAUAAAAAGGAACAAGAACGCCCCCCUUUUUCCAAUUUAGGGUUUCUUCCUUCUCCAAUCGAAGUUUGAGAGAAGCGAUUCAAUCAAACAACCAUGCCCAAGAACAAGGGUAAGGGAGGUAAGAACAGGAAGAGAGGAAAGAAUGAAGCCGACGAUGAGAAAAGAGAGCUUGUUUUCAAAGAAGAUGGACAGGAAUAUGCUCAGGUCCUUCGUAUGCUUGGUAAUGGACGUUGUGAAGCUAUGUGUAUUGAUGGAACUAAGCGUCUUUGUCACAUACGUGGUAAGAUGCAUAAGAAAGUAUGGAUCGCUGCUGGUGAUAUCAUCCUUGUUGGCCUCCGUGACUAUCAGGAUGACAAAGCUGAUGUGAUCUUGAAGUACAUGCCUGAUGAGGCCAGGUUAUUGAAGGCAUAUGGAGAGUUACCAGAGAACACAAGGCUUAAUGAGGGCAUUGCUAAUGGUCUUGAUGAAGAGGAUGAGGGUGCUGGUGAUGAUUACAUUGAGUUUGAGGAUGAAGACAUUGACAAAAUCUGAUCUAAACUCAAAACUGUUGUUACUGAGGUCUAUCAUAGGCCUUGCUAAUAUUUCUGUGGCGUUCUUUUUCCAUAAACAUUGAAAAAGUAUUUUUGUGUAUCGUUUGAAGUUGUAUGAUUGAGUUUUGUGCAUCGAAGUUCUGUCUGAAAAUUUGUGCUUUCAUGAAAUGAAUGCAAUAUUCUGGCUAGUUUCUAUUCA